UUAUUGACCACGCGCGGCGACGCAAUAAGCUCUUGUUUAUCACAAAUUAUUCAGUAACGAUUGUGCGCUUACGCAGUGAAUAUGGCUGAUAAAGUUGUGAAACUCUGCUGUAAUACGAUAUUAAGACGCUAUGGUACUGCCCCGGCUGCAAAACCGAAUUCGGAUUUUAUACCGAAACAAUAUGUUGGUCCAUCGUACCAGAAGACGGAACAAGUGAAGUCGGCUCACAUUCCCCCGGCGAUGUACAACAUCUACAAGCGGCCGCUGCUGCUGCACCAGGGUCACAUGCAGUAUCUGUUCGACCACGAGGGUCGCCGGUACCUGGACCUGUUCGGGGGCAUCGUCACCGUCUCCGUGGGACACUGUCAUCCGAAGGUGGUUGGGGCUCUGCAAGACCAGAUCAACACUCUGUGGCACUGCACCAACAUAUAUCGUCACCCGAAGAUAUAUGAGUACGUUGAGUCGCUGGUAUCGAAGUUCCCUGGAGAUUUGAAGGUAGUAUACCUCGUGAACAGUGGGUCGGAAGCCAACGACCUGGCCACUGUCCUGGCGAAGGCCUACACAGGGAACCUGGACGUGGUCUCCCUCCAGAGCAGCUACCACGGCUACUCCUCAUCCCUGAUGGGGCUGACGGCCACGCAGUCCUACAGGAUGCCGCUACCCGUGCCUCCCGGUUUCUACCACACCAUGCUGCCGGACCCGUACCGCGGCAUCUGGGGCGGGUGCCGCGACUCGCUGUCGCAGGUGGCGGGCGCGUGCGCCUGUCCCGGCGACUGCGUCACCUCCGACAAAUACAUCCACCAGCUUAACGAGCUGCUGGAGAACUCGAUCCCUGCGGGUCGCCUCGCUGCUCUCUUCGCGGAGUCCAUUCAGGGAGUAAACGGGACCGUCCAAUUCCCCAAGGGUUACUUGAAGAAGGCUCACCAGCUUGUCAAGAAAUACGGCGGCUUGUACGUCGCCGAUGAAGUUCAAACAGGUUUUGGUCGCACAGGUGACGCUUUCUGGGGUUUCGAGAACCAUGGAGUGAUACCAGACAUAGUUACCAUGGCUAAAGGUAUCGGCAAUGGGUUCCCGAUGGCGGCCGUGGUCACUACCAAGGAAAUCGCUGCCGCUCACGCAAAGGCGACGUACUUCAACACCUUUGGUGGCAAUCCUAUGGCUGCGGCUGUCGGUCAAGCAGUUUUAGAAGUAAUCGAAGAGGAGGAAUUACAGAAAAACUGCAAAGAUAUUGGGGCGUAUUUCGUAGAGCAGCUUGUACAGUUACAAGGAGUACAUCCAGUGAUCGGUGAUGUCCGGGGCAAAGGCUUGAUGCUGGGCAUAGAGUUCGUGAAGCCAGGGACCAAGGACGCGCUGCCAGUCGCCGAGGUGUCAGAAAUACAUGAGAACAUGAAGGAUUUGGGUGUGCUCAUUGGUCGCGGAGGACGAUGGAGUAAUGUUUUAAGGAUUAAGCCACCUAUGUGCGUUAACAAACAAGAUGUGGACUUUACUGUAACCGUAUUAGAUCAAGCUAUCAAGGAAUAUAUGAAUAAUAAAAAAUAAUUCUCAAA